AUGGCGAAAGAAGGCGAGCGGUCUGCUGCCGCUGACAAGGGCAAGGAAAAGGUCAACGAUGUUCAAGAGUUGAACGGCAGUAAGAAGCCCCAGAAGGAAGAGAAGUCACAAGUGAAUGGCAAGAAGGACGAGGAGAAGGAAGCAGAAGAACUGAGCGAGGAGGACCAGCAGCUAAAGAAUGAGCUGGAAAUGCUUGUUGAGAGGUUAAAGGAGCCGGAUACUUCCCUGUAUCGACCCGCCCUAGAACAGAUCAAGAAUUUCAUAAAGACGUCGACUUCUUCCGUGACGGCCGUCCCAAAACCACUCAAAUUCCUAAGACCUCAUUACGAUGAGCUUACGGAGCUAUAUGACAAGUGGCCGGCAGGCCCAACGAAGGACUCUCUUGCCGAUAUGCUAUCGAUUCUAGGCAUGAUAUACGGCGAUGAGGAAAAGCUUGAGACUCUGAAGUACCGCCUCUUAUGCAAGGCAGAGGAUCUCGCUUCCUGGGGUCAUGAAUACAUCAGACAUCUGGCGCUGGAAAUAGGACAGGAAUAUCAACACCGCUUGAAUGCUGAUAAGGACGUUCAGGAUUUGGUCGAUCUCGCUCUAUCUCUUGUUCCUUACCUUUUGAGCCAUAACGCCGAGGCCGAUGCGGUUGAUCUUUUGAGCGAACUCGAAAUAAUAGAGGAGAUUCCGCGAUUCUUGGACGAAAACACGUAUCCAAGAGUCUGCCUGUACAUGGUCAGCAUGGUUAACCUUCUCACCUAUCCCGAAGACCAGCAGUUCCUCCGGACGGCCCAUGAGAUCUAUGUCCGUUAUAAUAAACUCGCUCAAGCGAUUGUUCUUGCUAUUCGCUUGAACGAUGUCGAUCUUAUUAAGAGCGACUUCAGUGCUACUACAGACAAGGCUCUCAAGAAGCAAAUGGCAUUCCUUGUCGCAAGGCAACAAAUAUGGCUCGAUCUCCCACCCGAGGACGAAGAAGACCAAACGUUAAUGGACUGCCUCAACAACACGUCGAUCCCAAAGCAUUUCAAAGCCCUCGGGAAAGAACUUAAUAUACUCGAUCCAAAAAUGCCAGAAGAUAUUUACAAAACGCACCUGGACAGCAGUCGUGGGGCUGGUCUGACAAAUGUCGACUCUGCGAGACACAAUCUUGCCAGCGCCUUUGUCAACUCUUUUGUCAAUGCCGGUUUUGGGAACGAUAAGAUGAUGCUUGUCGAGGGUGAUAAGGGUCCAUGGGUCUGGAAGACUAAGGAGGAUGGCAUGAUGUCGACUACAGCCUCCAUGGGCAUGCUCCUGCAUAGAGACGUCGAAGUAGGUCUGGAUAAGAUUGACAAAUUCACAUAUGCUCAGGAAGAUCAAAUCAAAGCAGGUGCCCUACUUGCAAUUGGUGUCCUUAAUUCCGGAGUUAGGAUAGACUCUGAUCCUGCUCUGGCUCUUUUGAGUGACCCAGACAACCUUGAGGCAAAGAAUGUCCCAAUGAGAGUAGCAUCCAUCAUGGGCCUUGGUCUGGCCUAUGCUGGAUCCAACAAGGAAGAACUCCUUGAGGUUCUGCUGCCUAUUGUUGAGGAUGUCUCUCUAGAUAUGCAGCUAUCUGCUAUGGCAGCUGUCUCUCUAGGUCUCAUUUUCGUCGGUUCCUCCAACCACCAAGUCAGCGAAGCUAUUGCUACGACGUUGAUGGACGAGGAGCGGCAGAAGCAUCUAAAGGACAAGUGGACUCGCUUCAUGGCCCUUGGUUUGGCACUGCUUUACUUUGGUCGUCAGGAGGAGGUCGACGUUGUUCUUGACAUUCUCAAGGCUGUUGACCAUCCUAUGGCUAAACCUACAGCAGUCCUUGCCUCUGUAUGCGCAUGGGCUGGGACUGGCACGGUUUUGAAGAUCCAAGAGCUUCUUCACAUCUGCAACGAUCUUAUCGAAGAAAAGGAAGAUCAGAGCCAUGAAGAGCUGGUUCAAUCUUAUGCUGUCUUGGGUCUAUCCCUCAUUGCCAUGGGAGAGGAUGUUGGGCAAGAGAUGAUCCUUCGGCAGUUUGGUCACUUAAUGCACUACGGCGCAAGCAACAUUCGAAAGGCUGUUCCCCUUGCUAUGGGCUUGAUCAGCCCUAGUAAUCCUCAGAUGAAGGUAUACGAUACCUUAUCCCGAUACAGCCACGAUAAUGAUAACGAUGUUGCCAUAAACGCCAUCUUUGCUAUGGGACUUUGCGGGGCCGGCACAAAUAAUGCUCGUUUGGCACAGUUGCUCCGGCAGUUGGCCAGCUACUACCAUCGCGAUCAAAAUUCGUUAUUUAUGGUUCGCAUAGCCCAGGGCCUUCUGCACAUGGGCAAGGGUACACUUACUCUCAAUCCGUUCCACACUGAUCGUCAAGUCCUGUCACGAGUUGCAGCUGCGGGCCUACUUACCGUUCUCGUGUCAUUGAUCGAUGCCAAACAAUUCAUCCUCGCCGAACACCAUUACCUGCUUUACUUCCUCAUCACAGCCAUGUACCCACGAUUUGUUAUCACCUUGGAUGAGGACCUCCAGCCUCUGACGGUGAACGUACGAGUAGGACAGGCUGUGGACGUUGUUGGUCAAGCCGGGCGACCCAAGACAAUUACUGGAUGGCAAACGCAAAGCACACCCGUGCUUUUGGCGUACGGUGAACGAGCGGAAUUGGAAGAUGAGCAAUAUAUUCCCCUAAGCAGUACGCUUGAGGGGCUGGUCAUUCUCCGCAAGAACCCCGAAUGGGAGGAACCAUCCUAG